AUAAUCAGCGGUGCCUCUAUCAAGAUGCGGCUGAAGAUGCCCCAGAAGCUGCUAAAAACUGCUCACUACAUAGAGCUGGGCAGCUACCAGCACUGGCCGGUGCUGUUGCCGCAAAGGAUCCGGCUGUACACGUACGAGCAGGCCCCCCUGUUCCUCAGAGAAAACCCCUACAUCACAGACGGCUACAGGGCUCACCUGCCCUCCAAGCUCUGCCUGAAAAGUAUAUUCAUUCUUUCUAAUGAGACGGUGAACAUCUGGAGCCACCUCCUGGGUUUCCUUCUCUUCUUCUUCAUGGGGGUCAACGACCUGUCAUCCCUGCUGCCGGCCUCCAGAGCCAACAGGGAGGACUACGUCAUCUACGCCAUCGGACUGUUCUGCUUCCAGGUCUGCAUGCUCUGCUCGGUGGGUUAUCACCUGUUCUCCUGUCACCGCUCAGAGAAGACCUGCAUGCGCUGGCUGGCGUUGGACUACGCGGGCAUUUCUGUGGGAAUCCUGGGGUGUUACGUCCCCGGGAUCUUCUAUGCUUUCUACUGUAACGCAUUUUGGCGGCAGGUCUAUCUGCUCACUGUGCUCUCCAUGAUCCUGGCCGUCUUCUGCGCUCAGGUCCAUCCCAGUUACCUCAGCAACGACUGGAAGGUGAUACGGAUGACAAUCUUCUCCUGUGUAGCGGGCAUUGGUGUGAUUCCUGCAUUGCACUGGGUCUGGCUCAAUGGAGGACUCACAUCAGAUAUCGUGCAGCUUUUUUUCCCUCGAGUGAUCGUCAUGUACUUGAUUGCAGGAUCUGCCUUCCUCUUCUACAUCACCAAAAUCCCUGAGCGCUAUUUCCCCGGUCAGGUGAACUACCUUGGAGCCAGCCAUCAGCUGUGGCACAUCCUGGUGGUGUUCAUGUUCUACUGGUGGCAUCAAACCGCCGUGCACAUCAUGCACUUCAGGCACAGCCAGCCCUGUCCCACCUGGAGCAGGAAGAGCUAAAGCACACCUGAAAAUCCUCAUGGAUUCUAAAGUACAGCUCAGCUGCAGCGACUAUACCGUUUGAAAAAGACGUGACACUGUAGUGUAGAAGCACAUUAGAGGAAGGCUUUGGUUAGAAACCAGGAACUGAUGAGCGUUUGAUCAAUGCAUGACUUUGGAAUGAUUAUUUAUUUGUCUAAAUGUGUCUAAACUUCCUUGUCUAGGGAGUAUUACAAUAUCAGUAAACAUACUAUUCUAACGGUUAGCCAGUGUGAACUCUGACAUCUACUUUUGAGUAAGUUAGCUCUAAUAUUGAUGCUGACUUUUUUGACUCCAGAACAAAUCAAUGCCCACUGCUGUCGAAAAGUUGCAUUUUGGGUGCAAAGAUGUCCGUUUUUUUUCUUUUCGGGCCAGUUUUAUGCAUUUUCUUUUGUUUUUUGUUUAAAGCUCAAUCAGGUGACUUUUCAAGCCAAGUAACAAUAAUGGUAGUCUCAUAAUUGAACAAUUUUUUUUUUUGUCAUUAGAAGACCUUAAACAGCAGAAGCUUUGGGGUUUAUCUCCUUAACGUCUGCAUUUAUUUUGUUUUCUUUAAAGUCCCACUCCAAUCAUCGUUUGAUCUAUUUUCACUAUCUUUCCAGAUAUAAAAAAAAAAAAAGUGUCAUUUUUAGACAAAAGUCUACAAACCCGUGUCAUUUUCUAAGACAGUUUCCACAGAGUGACAGGAGUCCAUCAGAAAUUUGCCCCAGAAUUGUGGGAGAGGCAAGAAAUGCAAUUUUGAGCUUUAUUUUCUUCAUAUAUGUCCUCCAUUAUCAGAAAACACCCCAAGAACACAUUAAAAACACCAAGAACACACAGGAGUGGGUCUUUAAUGAAAUUCAGACUUUUAUUUUGUUUUACUAAAACAUUGCUACAUAAGUCUACACAGAACCAGAAUUAUAAAACAAAAUGACCUUUGAGAAUCGAAUGAAUUCAAAUUUACUAAAUAUAAUUAUAGUCAUAAUAAAAGAUAAAAAAGCACUUAAAUAAAAUGAAUCUUCAAGGUUUUUUAGUCCAGCUGUAUUUAAAUGUCAUGGAAAUAGAAAUAUUCAAUCAGUGUGUUUUGUUCUUUUGCCAUAUGGGACUCUAGUUGUAUAUUUGUUUAAACUGUAUUUAUUAAAACCUGAUGUCACAUUUCGGUGUUUGUGUAGAGGAAAUAUAACUGUGAAAAAGCUGAAGCAUUUAUACUCUGCGGGAUUUCAGUUGUACUCAUUAGAAAAGAUCCGCAUGUGAACUAAAAACCAUGAAGUGACCUGUGAGGAUCUGCUUCUUCAAUAUUAUCUCUGAAUGAUUAUUGGGUGCAUUUCAUUUCUUAUAAAUGCAUUAUUUUUUUGAAAUUUUAGGCAAAUUCUAUUUCACACUUUUUUAUUUAGUCAGUCUGGACUACAGAAUCAGUUGUAAAUAUCUUUGAAAAAAACGUUUCUUUAUGUGACUGAAUCCACUGAAAGCACUUUCUGUCGUACAGGGAGAAGGAACUUUAUUGUUUUUUAUAAAUUGCCUGGUUUGUCUCUCAUAAUGAUUGUUUUUAUAGUCAGCCGUCGUGUUCCAAACGUUUUUUUUUUAUCUGUAAGUUGUUCAUGAGAUGUACUAUUUUCAGUGCCUCUGUGAAAAUCUAUUUUUCUUAAUAUGAAUGAAUAAAGAAAGCAGGGAUGUCUUUGCA